AUGGAGAGCCCAUUCCAGCGUCGCCCAUUGUCGACUGCCGCCACGUCGUUUGUGCACGCCAUGCCUCACCCAUUCUCCAAGCCCGAGGGCCUCCCUCUGCCCACCGGCGCCCGCCGCUCGGCGGCACCACGCUCAACUUCGCCGCUCCUCCGACGACGCUGGGUCCUGGGUCUGAUGGCCAUUGCGACGAUCAUGGUCUUUUCGUUGAUGACGAGCUCGCACACGUACGACGUGGGGCUCGAUGACCACGACACUGUGGCUGCGGGCCAGCGGCGCGCCCCAGUGGCUGUCGACCCGACCCGCUACGGCACGCCAGGCAGCAAGGGCGGCUACGAGCGCGAGCAGAACGUCUUGGACGAGGGAGACAUCUUGUCCGAAAACGAGUUGGCCGUCGACAGCGAGAUUGAGAUUCACCGUACGCCCGAGGAGGCGGCGGCAUACGAGGCCGCGCAGGUCAAGGCGGCCCAGGACGCCGAGGACACCAAGACGGCGCAGCUGCGCGUCCUCAUCUGGUGGCUGUACAACCACGGCGAGUUCCCGGAGAGCUACGGCGGCGUGCCCUCUGCCGAGGCACUGGACGGCAUGGGCGCCGACGGCCUCGAGAAGAAGCUGCUCGCCCUCGACGACACGUCCGAGUUUUACGAGGGCUGGGAGGAGAAUGCCACCCACACUGCCCGCGUCACAGUCUUCUCAAAGAGCUACUGCCCCUACUCGCGCAAGGCCAAGGGUAUCCUCAACCAGUACCACAUCAGUCCCUAUCCCUACAUUGUCGAGCUGGACCAGCGUCCCGACGGACACCACAUCCAAGAUAUGCUCCAGCUCCUCACCGGCCGCCGCACCGUCCCCAACGUCAUUGUCGACUUUGCCUCGUUGGGCGGUUCCGACGAGAUCACCCUCCUCCACGGCGAGGGCGUGCUGCAGAAGCGCCUUGUCAACUACCACCUCAUCACCUAG